CACAAAACCGCGGAAGAAUAGCAUCUGGCGGGCCGGUUUGUGAUAGCAUCGUCGCCGCACCUCAUGGCGUUCCAGGCGCGGCAUCGAUGGAUCAUUCAAAAGAUUCAGAUUGGCCUGGGUUUCCGUGACGAGGGCCAGGUGGAGGAACUCAUGAAGACCAACGACAUUAUGGACGCUCUGUCGGGGUUCUUCCAUCCCGCUGGCCCCACGCGCAUCUUUUUCUACUAUCAGCCGCGGGUGACGGACCCGGACGGUCGAUUGCCCUUGAACUUUGUGGAAACUACAUCUGACACCUCUGAGGGCAUUCCACACGUCGCUCCCCGAUCGCAUGCGACACCUUCUGUUGCUGGAGGCGGUCGCGACGACCACGACGCGCCUCCCAUCCCCGAAUUGUUUAUCACAGAUGGCCGUGGCGAGCCUCUUCUUGCGCGAGCUGUGUACUUCUUAAAGAAAGUCAAACCACCACAUGCGCCCAUCGUCCGCACGCGGCAUUCCCGGCAACCAGAAGCCGUCGAAGACCAGUCGGCCCUCGUGACAAUCAAUCCUGCAGUUGCGAACGACGGUUUGCUCGAGUUUGGAGUCCUUGACAAAUCUGUGCUCGUAACGAUGGAGACCCUGUUUUCCCAGCUCUAUCUUCCUCUCUUGAACGUGCGGGACGAUUGCGAAUGGGGCCAAGCCGACGCGGAAUGCAAGCACGAGUUCCUCCACGGGAUGAAGUCAUUCCUAACAGACAUCCAGGGCAGCCUCAAGACAAUGAGCGCUGGCCUCGAACUCCGCAAGCCAGACAAGCGAUACGAUGCGUCCGACUCGCGCAAUUUGAAUCGCUACGCCAGCGACGAAGCUGCUGUUGCGCACUUUGUCGACUUGGUCCAAGACUGGUGUCGACAGACGGAAGCGUACUUGGACGACAGUGACCAAACGAGGUGGGAGUCGAGCGAGUCGGGCCCUGACACCGAGUUGGAGUACUGGAAAGGUCGGCUCCAACGGCUCACCGGCAUCACAGAGCAACUCAAGACGAAGGAGUGCAAGAUGGUGAUCGGAGCACUCACGAUCGUGACCAAACAGCACGACGUCGGGUUGGACAAGCAGAGCGUGUUUGCGCUCCUGCGCCAGUGGAAGCAAAUCGACAUCAACAUCACGGAAGCGACGAACGAAGCGAAAGACAACGUGAAGUAUCUCGCGACGCUGGAAAAAUUUAUCGAGCCACUGUACAUUGGGACACCUGCCACCGUCAUCGACGCGCUGCCUGCGCUUAUGAAUGCGGUCAAGAUGAUCCAUACCAUCGCGCGGUACUACAACACGACAGAGCGCAUGACGAAGCUCUUCAUGAAGGUCACAAACCAAAUGAUCGCACUGUGCAAGGCCAGCAUCAACGGUUCAAAUCCGCCCGAGUACAUCUGGAAGCAGAACCCGGAAACGCUGCUCGAAAGCCUCGAGACAUGCUUGCGACUGAACGAGGCGUACCAAGAGCAGUACCGUCUCACAAAGGACAAGCUCCUGACGAUGCCAAAGGGGAAGCAGUUUGACUUUAGUGAAACCCAAAUUUUCGGCAAGUUCGACCUGUUUUGCCGCCGAGUGAUCCGCCUCAUCGACAUGUUCAGCACGAUCCACCAAUUUCAGUCUCUGGCCGACCAUUCUCUGGAAGGCAUGCACGGCCUCAUCCAGACCUUCCAGACAAUCAUCGUAGAGUUCCAGGCAAACAAGCAUGAUCUAUUGGACUUCCACAACAACAAAUUUGACCGUGACUACGUCGAAUUCAACGUCCGCAUCAGCGACUUGGAGCUAUCGUUUCAGCACUUUAUCAAUCAGUCGUUCGAGAGCAUCACGAGCAUCGAGCAGUCGCUCAACUUGCUCAAGCAAUUCCAGACCAUCCUCCAGCGCGAGAACCUCCGCAACGACCUCGACUCCAAGUUUACUGUGAUUUUCCACAACUACGGCCUCGACUUGACGACGGUGCAGGAAAUAUACGAAAAAUACCGCCACGACCCGCCCAUAGCACGCAACUUGCCGCCCGUCGCAGGCAAUAUCUUGUGGUCGCGCCACUUGCUUCGCCGGAUCGAAGAACCCAUGCGCAAGUUUGAGAGCAAUCCGAGUGUCCUGGCGACGAAAGACUCGAAGAAAGUGAUCAAAACGUACAAUAAAGUUGCACGAACACUUGUCGCGUUCGAGUACUUGUGGUACGAAGCGUGGUGCCGGUCCAUCGAGACGUCCAAGGGCGGGCUGCAUGCGACCCUCAUCAUCCGACAUCCCCAAACAGACAAGCUGUAUGUGAAUUUCGACAAGGAGAUUCUCCAGCUCAUUCGCGAGGCCAAGUGUUUGGACCGCAUGGGGAUUGAAGUGCCGGACAAUGCCAAAAUGGUCAUGCUCCAAGAAGACAAAUUCAAAAUGUACUUUAACGACCUCACGUACACGCUGCGGGAGUACGAUCGCGUGACUUCGAAAAUCAUUCCGAUUACAGCGACGCUCCUCAAGCCGCAUUUGGACGACCUCCAAGCCAAAAUUCGACCUGGCAUGGUCACCCUCACGUGGACUAGCAUGAACAUUGACGCGUACAAGAUGCAAGUCCACUUGGGUCUCCAACGUCUCGAAGAGCUGAUCAAUAGCGUCAACGACAUCAUUGAAAACCGCGUGGAAAAAAACUUAAAGGUCGUGUCGAAAGCCGUGCUCGUGAGCCUUCCAACAGAUCAAUCGUUUGCCCUCGACGAUUUCGUGCGGGCCCAGGAGAAGAAUGUGAUGGCGGUCACGUCGCUCCUCGCGGCCAAGAACACUGAAGUCGAAAACGCCGUCGAUGACGUGCUCCGGCUGAUCAGCGACUUUAGCUUGGACAUUGUCGACGUGGUGGCGACGGGAGGCGCGAAUCCGUUGGCGGCCAAGGGCGGUGCAGGCAAACUCGCCAGCGAAGCCGACAGCCAACUCGCGUUUCGAAACCAUUACAAGACACUCAUGUACCGCGCCCUCGUCAACUGCACAAAAACGUCCCUGAACGCCAUCAAGAAACGCGUAUGCUCGAAAGCAGGCACGGGGUUUUUGUUUUUGGAGCGUCCGUUCUUUGAAGUCGACGUGCAAUUGAGUGUGCCGUCCGUGCGGCUCAGCCCGAGCCUGGACGAUAUCCAGCGCGCCAUCAACCGCAGUGCCGUUGCCGUUCUCAAAUGUUCCAAGACCCUGUUCACGUGGGGUCAGCAGGAUGUGUUUCCAGAGUCGAGCCGCGUGACGUUCUUCGACCAUUUGGGAUGCGACACGGAGAUCAUCAAGGUCGCACUGCUUUUGACGGGCGCGCUCCAUGGGACCAAGAACCAAGUGCACGACUACCUCGGUGCGUUCAAAAAGUACGACUGGCUGUGGAAGGAAGACAUGGAGUUUCGGUACAAUCAAUUCAUCAAGCGGAGCCCGACGAUCCAGGACUUUGAGAACGAACUCAAGAACUUUAUGGUGGUCGAGGCCGAGAUCAACAGCAUCGCACCGGUCCACAACAUCGCGGCGCUCUCGCUCAACACAAAGAACCUGAAGCUGCAGCUCCGAAACGAGUGCCGUCAGUGGAAGGUCCAGUAUUCCGACCGCGUGCACCAACAGGCGCGGCUUGCGCUGACCAACCUCAUGGAGUACAUGCGUGUCACCAACACCAAGCUCAAUCGAGACGUCGAGUCGCUGGAUUCGCUUCGGUACGUCAUGAUGGUCCUCAAGGAGGUGCGCGAGCGCGAGUCGUCAAUCGAAAUGGAAAUCAACCCAAUCUUGGAUAUGUACGAGAUGCUCGAGCACUUCUUGCCGGGCGGGUACAUGAACAAGGAAGAGAUGGACCAGAAAAGCGUGAUUCGAUCGACGUGGCGGAAGCUCGUCGAGUACGCGGAAGAAGUGACGGACAAUCUGAGCGACGUCCAGGGCAAGUUCAAGAAGCAGCUCAUGAAAGAUGUCAAGGACUUCCAGGCAGACGUGCUGCAGUUCCGCACCGAUUACACCGUGAACGGUCCCAUGGUGUCCGGGAUCAAGCCGACUGAAGCCGUGGAGCGCCUCGCCCGGUUCAAGGACAGCCUCGCGUUGCGCGAUCGGAAGCUCGAAGUGUACGCGGCUGGCGAAGAGUUGUUUGGAAUGCGCCCCACCGAGUACCCCGAGCUCACAAAGACGCGGAAGGAACUGGCAUUACUCGAUCAGCUCUACGGGCUGUACAUGGACGUCGUGCAAACGAUGGAAGGGUACCGCGGAAUCUACUGGAACGUUGUACCGUCGAUGCUAGACGACAUGACAACAAGUUUGCACGUGUUCGAUGAGCGGUGCAAGCGUAUGCCGAAAAAGCUCUGUGAGUGGGAAGCAUAUCGGCUGCUGCGUAAGGAUAUCAGUGACAUGGUCGACAUGCUGCCGCUCGUCCGGGACCUGAGUGCGGAUUGCAUCAAGCUGCGCCAUUGGCAAGACGUCGUCAAGCUCGCGUCGGUUCCGCUGCCUGUCGAGUCGGAAGCGUUCAAGUUGAAAGAUUUGCUGGAUGCCAAGCUCCUUGGCCACAAAGACGACAUCGAGGCCAUUUGCGACAGCGCGCACAAGCAGCUGCAAAUCGAAACGAAACUCAAAGACAUCAAGGAUGCGUGGACGACUGCCGUGUUUGAGUUUGGCGAGUGGAAGUCGCGAACGAUUCCCGUGCUCAAAGGAUACGGCGGCGUCAUUGAAGCGCUCGAAGACGCUCAGCUGCAGCUCCAGGGCAUGCUUGGACUGCGCCACGUCGUGCCGUUCAAAGACAGUGUCCAGGCCAAGCUGACGCAGCUCUGCGACACGUCCGACGUCCUUGAGCUGUGGAUCAAGGUGCAAACGCUGUGGAUGUCUCUCGAGUCGGUGUUCACGGGCGGCGACAUUGCCAAGCAAAUGCCGCUCGAGGCGAAGAAAUUUGCCAAGAUCGACAAGGACUGGAUCAAGCUGAUGGCGAAAGCGAGCGAGACGGGGGUCGUCGUCAUCUGCUGUUCAAAUGAAAUGCUGAAGUCGACGCUGCCCAUCUUGUACGGUGAGCUUGAAAAAUGCCAAAAGUCCCUCGAGGGCUACCUCGAGCAAAAACGGAACAAGUUUCCCCGCUUCUACUUUGUCUCGAACCCGUUUUUGCUCCAAGUCCUGUCCAAAGGAUCGGACCCCAUGGCCGUCCAGCCGUAUUACGAAAAGAUGUUCGAUUCGGUCGACCAUGUCGUGCACGAUCCCGUCGACAAGCGGCGCAUCGUCGUGCUCAAGAGUUCUGUCGGGUCGGACGAAGAAAGUAUAGCCCUCAAGAAUGCAGUCGUAGCGGACGGCAACAUCGAGGACUGGCUCACGGCGCUCGAGCAUGAGAUGUUCACAACGCUCAAGGUCCUGGCCCGUGAAUGUGUCACCGACUCCAUGACCCUCUCGCUGCGCGAGUUUGUCCUGAAAAGCUGCGGUCAGUUUGCCCUCUUAGGCAUCCAGCUCCAGUGGACGGCGCAAAGUCAGGAAGCGCUCCAAAAGUGCAAAACGUCCAAAGGCAUCAUGACAGAAACCAGCAAGAAGCAAGCCCAACUUCUCUCGGAACUGAGCUCGUGGUGCCUCACCAACCUCGGCACCAAACUCCAACGCGUCAAAGUGGAGACCCUGAUCACAAUCCAAGUGCAUCAACGCGACUGCUUUGCUGACCUUGUCCGGCUGCACAAGGACCGGAAAAUCACCGACGCCACCGACUUUGAAUGGCUCAAACAAGCUCGCGUGUACUGGCGGCCAGCGCCGGCCCAAGACCGGCUCGGGCCCGAAACUUGCGUCAUUCAAAUCUGCGACGUCGAAUUCAAGUACGCGUACGAGUACCUCGGGUGCAAAGAGCGGUUGGUCAUCACGCCUCUGACCGAUCGGGCGUAUGUGACGCUGUCCCAAGCUCUCGGAAUGUACCUCGGAGGGUCGCCCACGGGCCCCGCCGGGACGGGGAAGACAGAGACCGUAAAGGACCUCGGGCGAGCGCUGGGGCUGUAUGUCGUCGUGACCAACUGCACCGACCAGCAGCGCUUUCUCGACAUGGCCAAGAUCUUCAAGGGGCUGUGUCAAGCCGGGUUCUGGGGCUGCUUUGACGAAUUCAACCGCAUCGAGCUCCCCGUGCUGAGUGUCGUCGCGCAGCAAGUGCUCGCGAUCACGAACGCCAAGCGCGUGCAGGGCACCCACUUUUUGUUUCCGGGCGAUGCGGCCCCCAUCCGCCUCAACAUGGACGUCGGGUACUUUAUCACGAUGAACCCGGGGUACCAAGGCCGUCAGGAGCUGCCAGAGAACCUGAAAGCGCUCUUUCGCGGCGUUGCAAUGAUGGUGCCAGACCGCGAAAUCAUUGUCAAAGUCAAGUUGUGCUCUGUCGGGUACGACCAGUUUGCCGACCUCGCGCGCAAGUUCAAGACGCUGUACUCACUGUGCGAGGAGCAACUGUCCAAGCAAAACCAUUACGACUUUGGCUUGCGCAACAUCUUGUCGGUGCUCCGGACGGCCGGCGAGACGAAGCGGAACCACUUGGACGCCCCGGAAGACCUGUUGCUCAUGCGGACGCUGCGCGACAUGAACUUGUCCAAGCUCGUCGCGCAGGACACACCGCUGUUCCUGUCGCUAUUGCACGACAUCUUUCCAUCCGUCGAAACGAGCGCAAGCGUAGCCAGCCCCAUGCUCCACCAGAUCCAAGAUGUCCUCACCACCCAUCAAAAAGUGCCGACGCCGUCGUUCACGAUGAAGAUAGUUCAGCUAUACGAGACCCUUCUCGUUCGACACGGGAUCAUGGUCGUGGGCCCCGCCGGCACGGGCAAGUCCGAGAUGUUUCGGACUCUGCAAGUUGCUCUGACAACAGCCAAGAACAUCCCGCACCGCCAAAUCCGCAUGAAUCCGAAAGCGAUUCGACCGGAAGAAAUGUUUGGCGAGACUGACAAGCAGUCGGGCGAAUGGCUCGACGGCGUGUUUGCGUCCAUGUGGUCCAAGUACAACGACAGGAGCCGGCGCGACAUGUCGUGGGUUGUGUGCGACGGCCCUGUCGACGCCAUUUGGAUUGAGAACCUGAACACGGUCUUGGACGAUAACAAGUUGCUGACGCUCGCCAACGGCGACCGCAUUCCCAUGACGGACAACUGCAAGCUCAUGUUCGAAGUCGAAGAUUUGCGCAAUGCGUCCCCGGCCACGGUGUCCCGCGCCGGCAUCAUCUACGUGAGCGAGCCGGACUUGGGUAUCCAGCCGCUCAUCGACGCAUGGCUCCUCACACGGCCGACGACCGACGCAAGCGCAUCGACCAGCCAGCGCGACAUCCUUCGAGCGCUGUUUGCAACCUACGUCCACGACGGCCUGUUCAAGUUUUUGUUGAGGCAGUGCCGCGCCGUGGUGUCGUUCCCGCGAUGCGGGAUGAUCGAGUCGUGCUUGACGCUGCUCUCGAGUGUCCUGGCAACGGCCGAGCUGAGUGAGACCGACAUGGCGGCCGAGCUCGAACGCGCGUUUGUGUUUUCACUGGCGUGGGCAGUCGGCGGCCUGUACGAAGCCGACGACCGCAUCAAGUUCAACGAGUACCUGGCCAAUGUGUCGGCGAAUUUCAUUCCAAAGCAAGCCAAGACGACGGUGUUCGACUACGUGGUCAACCCGGUGUCGAUGGAUUGGGAGCGGUGGAGCUUGGACACAUGGGAGCCUCCCGUAGGCAUGGCGGACGUGGACGUAACCAGCGUCACGAUUCCCACGGUCGAAACGACGCGAAGCGUGUACCUCAUUCAACACGUCGUAGCACACCGACCAGUGCUGCUUGUGGGCGGCACUGGGACGGGAAAGUCGUCGAUCGUGCAGCUCUUUUGUGACAAAGGCCGAAGUGACGACAUGGUGAUGCGCAAGUUAAUCUUUUCGAGCGUGAGCUCCCCCGGCGGAUUCCAGCUCAUGGUCGAAGCCGAAUUAGACAAGCGCGGUGGCAAGAACUUUGGCCCGCCGCACGGAAAGAAGAUGACGCUGUUCCUGGACGACCUGAGCAUGCCUGCGUGCAACACGUGGGGCGACCAGCCGACGUUGGAAGUUGCUCGGCAGCUCAUUGAGACGAACGGGCUCUGCUUUCUCGACAAGGACAAGCGCGGCGACCUAAAGGUCAUCGAAGACGUUCAGUAUGUGGCAGCGAUGCAGCACGCGAAAGACGGUAAACAGGAUGUCCCGAACCGCCUCAAGCGCCAAUUCUUUGCCUGGAACGUUGUCGUGCCCACGAUGGACGUCGUGGAUUCGAUUUACGGCCAGAUCCUCAAGUGGCGCGCGGGGUUUCCAAAAGUCGACAAGUCCGUCGCCGACCUCGCGGGCAAACUCACGUCGGCGACGCUGCACGUUUGGGCGUUUUUGCGAAAGGCGAUGCUGCCGACGCCGCAAAAGUUUCACUAUAUGUUUACGAUGCGGGACCUCGGACGCAUCUUUCAGGGCAUCCUGCGUGGGUUCGACGGCGUGCAAAUCGAUCGCGGCCUGGUCAGGCUCUGGCGCCACGAAUGCGAGAGACUCUUUGCCGACCGCCUCACCACGCUGGACGACAAGACUCGCUUAAAAGACGAGCUCCACACAACAAUGGACAACUUGCUCCUGAAGCCCGUUGCGCCGCAGCCCGUCAAGGAAGGCAAGAAUGGAGGGACCAACAGCUUAGUGACUGGGCAACGCGAUGGGUCGCAGCCGUACUUGAUUGACAUCGCGUCGGGGUGGUUUGUCGACUUUUUGCGAGAUGACAAGCGCGACGAAGACGGUGUCCUCAUCGAAGAAGCGCCCAAGGUGUACGAGUGCGCCGCAUCGAUCUCCGUUGUUCGCGCGCGCGUCGAGCACUUGGUGGAGCUCUACAACCGGGACAACCCGAGCCGCAAGGUCAACUUGAUUCUUUUCGACGACGCGCUUUUCCAUGUCCUUCGCAUCGUUAGGGCGCUAGGGAUGCCACGGAGCCACAUGAUGCUUGUUGGGGUCGGCGGGUCGGGAAAGCAAAGUCUGACAAAGCUCGCGGCCGUGCUCGGGCGCAUGCAGCUUGUCCAAAUCACCCCCACGAAAGCCUACAACACGGCAUCGUUCCUCGACGACUGGCGCACGCUGUUCAAACUGGCGGGGCAACUCAACAAGGGCGUUGUGUUUCUCUGCACGGAUAACGAAAUCAAGGACGAUUCCUUCCUCGAAGUCCUCAACGGCGUUCUGUCGACGGGCGAAGUGCCCAACCUGUUUCCAAAAGACGAGCUCAACUUCAUCGUAUCUGACCUCCGCGCUGCCAUGCUCAAGGCCCGUCCCACCGAAGUGGACUCGUUCGAGAACCUCGUCAAGUUCUUCCUCGCCCGCGUCAAGGCUAACCUCCACGUUGUCUUGUCCAUGUCGCCCGUGGACCGUCGCUUCGCCGAAAGAUGCCGCAAGUUCCCGGCCCUCGUGUCCGGGUGCACUUUGGAUUGGUACUUGAGCUGGCCGCAAGAUGCCCUCGUCGCGGUGAGCAAAGGCUUCAUGGACGACUUUCCGCUCGAGUGUGCAUCACAGGUCAAGGAACAGCUCGUCGUCCACAUGGGCUUGAUCCACGACACGGUGGUCGAUGUGUGCGGCGAGUACUUUGAGAAGCGGAGGCGGCACGUGUACCAAACGCCCAAGUCGUUUCUGUCCUACUUGGGGCUGUACAAGACUGUGUACAAGACAAAGCUAAACGAGAUCCACCGCAGUGAAAGCAGCAUCAACACGGGGCUGCAAAAGCUCGUCCAGGGCGCGGCGGACGUUGAAAAGAUGAAGGGUUUGCUAAAGGGGGAAGAGCAGAAGCUGAUUGUCGCGGAAGCUGCCGCCAACACGAUGCUCGAGAAUCUCCAGGUGAAAUCGAUGGAAGCCAAAAAGGAAAACGACGUUGUGACCAAGAUCAAAGAGCGGUGCGAAGUCGACGCGGCGCUCAUUCGCCGCGAAAAGGAAGACGCUGAAGAGGACUUGGCCAAAGCCCAGCCGUUCCUGGACGAGGCCGAGCGGGCAGUGUCCGGAAUUAAACCGAACGACCUGAACGAGCUCAAGAAGCUCGCGAAACCCGGCGACAUCAUCAAACUCAUCUUUGACUGCGUUUCGAUCCUGCAAAUGUACCCCGUCGGAAAGGUUGAGAAGUCGCAGGUCACCAUCAACAAAAAAGCGAUGGACUUUCUUCUCGAUUCGUACGGGAUGGCCAAGCAGGGCAUGUUGAGCGAUACGCGGUUCCUCCAGCACGUGUUUCACUUUUCCAAGUUUGAAAAGGAUCAUAUCAACGACGAAACGAUCGAGCUCCUCAUGCCGUACUUGGAACUCGAAGGAUUCAGUCCGGUCGUGGCCAAGAACGCGUCCAAAGCGGCCGAAGGCUUGUGCACGUGGGUGAUCGCCAUGACCAAGUACCAUCACGCUUCCAAGGUAGUCAAGCCAAAAUUGGAGACCCUCCGUGUUGCGGAAGGUCGCCUCGAAGCCGCGCAAGGUGGUCUCCGCGCCGCCGAAGACAAGCUAGCAGUGUGCCAGACCAUCCUGGACAACUUGCAACGAGACUUUGAGCUUCAGAUGGCCGAGAAAGCCCGUGUCGAAGAGAAUGCGAGCUCCACACGGAAAAAAAUGGAGCAAGCGACCGCGUUGAUCCAAGGCUUGGCAGGCGAAAAGAAGCGGUGGACAGAAGAGAGCAAUCGGUUCGCGGACCGGAAGCUCCGACUCGUCGGCGAUUGCGCCGUCGCGUGCGAGUUUGUCAGCUAUUGUGGCCCGUUCAACAAGGAAUACCGCGACAUUUUGUGCAAACUCAAGUUUGCCAAAGACUUGCGGGACCGCCAAGUACCCGUGACACACGACUUGGCACUCACAACGUUCAUGGUGGACGUCGGGACGGUGGCGGAUUGGAACUUGGAAGGCCUUCCGUCCGAUCCGUUGUCGAUUCAAAACGGGAUCUUGGUCACGAUGAGCUCCAAGUACCCGCUCUUGAUCGAUCCCCAAGGACAAGGUCUGGCGUGGAUUCUGUCGCGAGAAGCAGCCCGCAUGCCGUCGACUGGCGUCCUGUCGAUGAACCACCCGAAACUCCGCGACCAGCUCGAGUUUUGCAUCAGCGAAGGGAAAGCGCUGGUGCUGGACGGCGUCGAACAGGAGCUCGAUCCGUCGAUGAACGCCAUCCUGGAGAAAAACAUCGUCGUGAAAGCCAAGUCCAAGUACAUGAUGCUCGGGGACAAAUUGUGCGAGUACAACGACCAAUUCAUGUUGUACAUGACGACGAGGCUGCCGAAUCCGCACUUUGCACCCGAAGUGCAAGCGAAAACGAUGCUCGUGGACUUUACAGUAACCCAAGAAGGCCUCGAGGAUCAGCUCUUGGCCAAAGUCAUUCAAAAGGAGCAAAAGUCACUCGAGGAGCAGCUCAUUCGCGUCCAAUUCGACGUCAACAUGAACACGAAGGCGCUGUUGGGCCUCGAUGCACUGUUGCUGGAGCGACUCGCGUCCAACGCCGGGAACCUCCUCGACGACCUCGACCUGAUCGGCGUCCUCGCGUCCACAAAAGCCAAAGCGACAGAAGUGAAUGACAAACUCAUGGCCGCCGCAGACAUGAAGCUCGGCAUCGACGAAAAAAGGGAGCAGUAUCGACCCGUGGCGACCCGCGGGUCGGUACUCUACUUUUCGCUUGUCGACUUUUCGCUCGUCAACUGCAUGUACCAGUCGUCGUUGGAUCAGUUCCUCCUGCUGUUCAAGAAAGCGAUGGACGUUGCCGACCGCGCGAACCUGUCGUCCAAGCGCGUGCACAACAUCUUGGACUCGAUGACGUACCUCGUGUACCGCGCGACGAACCGUGGGCUGUACGAGAAGGACAAGCUCGCGUUUGUGAUGGUGAUGGCACUCAAGAUCCUCGUGACUGCUGACACACUGGAUGCGGGCGACAUAGCGCUCUUUUUGAAAGCUGGCGCGGCUCGACAACAAACCAGUGCGUCGGACAAGCCCAAGCCGUUUGCGUGGCUCAGCGCUGCCGCGUGGUCGAACGUCCAGCAGCUCAGCCAAGAGAAACCUGAGUUUCGGAACCUCGUCGCGGACAUCGAACGAAACGAAGCCCCGUGGCGGCGUUGGUACGAGGACAACGAGCCGGAGAAGUUGCCUGUUCCAGAUUACGAGUCCUUGCUGUUUCACCCGGACGCUGCGAAUGCCAAGACGCACUUUCUCCGCCUCCUUCUCGUGCGGUGCCUUCGAGACGACCGCACGUUGUUGGCGGCGCAGGACUUUAUCAAGUUGGUUGACACCGUCGACACGAAAGCGGGCCGAUUGCCGUGCUUGGGCCUGCGGUACAUCGAGCCCGUGACCGACACGGCGGACAACAUUUGGAGCGAAAUGACGCAUGAGACGCCUGUGAUCUACUUGCUCAGUCUCGGCGCGGAUCCGACCGAGUCGAUUGAGGUACUGGCGCGGAAAAAACGCGUCAACAUUCAGUGCAUUUCCAUGGGCGAAGGUCAGGAUGUCGUGGCGGCCAAAGCGAUGGCAGCAGCGAUGCUCAACGGGACAUGGCUCUUGCUGCAGAAUUGCCACUUGGGCCUCGAUUUCAUGGAGAGUUUGCCCGAGAUCCUGACAAAAGCGACGUCGUCGUCGUCGCCCGACUUUCGUCUCUUUCUCACGUCCGAGCCGCACCCAUCGUUCUCGAUCGCGUUGCUCCAUCGCAGCAUCAAAGUCACAAACGAGCCGCCGGCGGGGCUGCGUGCGGGCAUGCUGCGCAGCUUCACGGUACUCGUGGACCAGGACAAGUUGGAGCGCAUCGAAACGGUGCAGUGGCGGCGAUUGCUGUACGCUUUAUCGUUUUUGCAUUCAAUCGUUCAGGAACGGCGCAAGUUUGGUCCGUUGGGCUUUUCGAUCCCGUACGAGUUCAACGCGUCCGAUUUGACGGCGUCGAUGGUAUUCCUGGAAAGGCACCUGUACGCGGGGGCGCUCAGCUGGCCGACGCUGCAGUACAUGAUUGCCGAGGUGCAUUACGGCGGUCGGAUCACGGACGAACUCGACCGGCGGCUUUUCAAAGCGUACUGCGAAGAAUGGCUAAGUUCAGGCACCCUCGCACCGAGUUUUACAUUCAACCCAGAGGCGCUGGUCGGUCGACUGCCCCAGGACUUUGUUUAUGGCAUCCCUGACGGCACCGACAUGGACGAGCUGCACAAGAUCGUCGGGUCGUUUCCAAAAGUGGACUCACCCGAGAUCUUUGGCCUCCACCCAAAUGCCGACCUCACGUUCCGUGUGAAAGAAGUCGGCGCGUUGCUCACGACCUUGAGCGAAACCCAACCCAAGGCGCAGUCGUCCGUGCGGGGCGGCGCGACCCGUGAAGCUGUCGUGCUGGACAAAUGCGAAGAGCUUCUCGCCAAAUUGCCCAAAGAGUUCCUCGACGAACCGACCUUGGAACUCAUCUCGACCAAACUCGGCGGGCUCCACGUUCCUCUGAAUGUGUUUUUGUGGCAAGAACUACAGCAACUCCAAGCCGUGCUCACCAUCGUCCGGCGCGUCCUUCAUGAAACACAAGCCGCAAUCAAGGGCGAGCUCGUAGUCACACCCGACAUUGCCAUGUCCAUCCAUGCGAUCUUCGACGCGAAAGUGCCGCGGCUGUGGCUGUAUCGAGGCGCGGAAGAGCUGUCUUGGUUCGCGCCGACGCUUGGGCUGUGGUUCACGGGGCUGCUGGAGCGUCACAAGCAGCUUGAAGGAUGGCUCGAGCGGGCAAAGCCGUACUGCUUCUGGCUACCAGGAUUUUACAAUCCGCAGGGAUUUCUCACGGCCAUGCGGCAAGAGGUGGCCAGGCAUCACAUCGCGGACAAGUGGGCCCUCGACGACGUCGUGUACCACACCGAAGUGACAGAGUACGAAAAGCUCGAGCAGAUUCGCCAGCCGCCGAAAGAAGGAGUGCUCGUGCAUGGGCUCUUCCUGGAAGGAGCGGCAUGGCAUAAAGCGAACGCGACGUUAGUCGAGUCGGAGCCAAAGAAAUUGUUUGCCCCGCUGCCUGUGCUGUACGUCACUGCAACGACCAAGCUGCUCAAGAAGAACCGGAGCGGCGACUACGGGCCGUACGGAGGAUUUGACUGUCCUGUGUACAAGUACCCCGUCCGAACUGACAGAUAUCUUCUCUUCACCGUCACGAUGCCAUCGAGAGAGCAUCGGCCGGUCCAUUGGACCCUCCGAGGUGUCGCUUUGCUCUGCGCCACCGAAUAG